AUGCCCGUCUCAAAGUCGGGGCGCAUCGUCAAGGCCCGCCGAGGCACCAAAGAGACGGCACAUCAAAAACAGCACCGAUGGGAGUCAUUCACCACCAAGAUCUCAAAACUACACUCUCUCGAUCCUCUCCGUAAGGUCCGAAGGCACGACCUCGAAUCCGAAGACCUAUCCGCUACCACCUCCUACCUCCGAAAUGGUCUCGAAAAAUGGACAGACCUCAACCUUUCCAAGCCCUUCAUCUCCUUCAAGAGGGAGCUGCUACCGUUAUGCGACAGCCUCCCCCAAAUCCUCCAUUUUGAGGAGAAGAUCAUGGGACUUUUGGUACAAUACAUAAGUCUACACGAGAAGGAGGCUUUGGAACCGCUACUGGAUCUUCUUACCGCCUUUGCGCACGACCUGGGCGUCCGAUUCGAGAAGCAUUACCCCAAAGCGCUGGAGCUGAUUAUUGGCCUUGCAACCCGCCCGCAAGAUGCCGAGGUCGUCGAAUGGACAUUUGCUGCUUUGGCAUUUCUUUUCAAGUACCUUGCUAGACUUCUCGUUCCGGACCUGAGGCCAACAUACCGAGCCAUGGCACCACUUUUGGGAAGAACGAGGCAACCACAAUACAUUGCCAGAUUUGCCGCCGAGGCACUGAGUUUUCUGGUUAAGAAGGCCGCAGCCCCUUCCCACCGCGACACAUCCCUCAAAUCAUUGAUCGAGUGCGCUAGGGAUGAUCUGAUAUCUCAGGCUGGCGAGAAGCAUUUUGAGCUAUACUUUCAUGGCAUCAUGACCAUGUUUGCCGAGGCUCUGAAGAGCUCAGGGCAUACACUCUUUUCUAAUGCCCCUGACAUAUACACCCGUCUUGUUGAGUGUGUGCCGGAUGAAGAGUUCAGGCCACCAUCGGAGGACGCUUUCUUUGCUGAGCAUAACACCAUAUGGUCAGACGUUUGUUGCGGAGUUCUCAUAAGCGCCAUACAUUACUCGACCCCUGAGACAUUCACUCCGUUGGAGAACGCUAUCAUUGCAAGUACUCAAGAGGCUGUGGCCACCCAGGACGUCCAGGACCACCCAUGGUCGCUUUCACUACAUAUCCGUCUUUUCGGAACCAUGGCCGGCGUUCGUCGAGGAACCAGGCUCACGAACUGGACAGGCUUGAUUCAGGGGCUUUCUAGUGCAAUGCAGGCCCUCUCCAAGACACCAAACAAACUUCCUCAAGGGGCUUUGGCACUGAUAUGGGAGCACAUUGUGGUCAAUAUCGCUAUUGUGUGGAACCAGUCACCCAUGGAUGCUCUUAUAUCAUCACUCCAGACCAUGACGGCAAUCAUGACACGAGAACCAUUCAUGAGGUCAUUCAUCCCCUUCUGCAGCUACUUUUCGAGUCUCAAUCCCGAGAGGUUCCGCAGUAUAUUUCAAGAUUACUUCCAAAAAUUCAUCAACAAACAUUGGUCAAUUGACAAUAAUGAGGAAAUGCUAUGCGUUUUGAUUCCCAAGAUGGUCGAUUCCGGUGCUCUCCAGCCUGGUGGCGGAAGUGAAAGUCUCCAUUUGCCAGAGUCAUGGCAAGGUCAGAUUGUCACCAAGUUCGAACGGCUAGAAAUAACACCUUUCCCUGAAAGAGGAGCUUACGAUAAAGAUCCCAAGACGUGGAGGGACAAGUGCCUGCCCAAGUACUCUGCCUUACUGAGGGUUCUCGAAUCGACAAGCGUACACGCGUCCACGAGCGCAAGGAUAGCAGAAUUGCUACUCAGGAAGCUAAAACUCGCGCUCCGGCCGUCCACCUCAGUACCUACAGAUGAAGCCCAUUUCAUUGUCACGUCGGGCUUCCGGGCAUACCUCCGCAUGGCGCGAGAUGUUGACCCAAGUCUAAAGCCACUUCUGCGAGCAGCUGCGCCGAGAUUCUGUCGCUUGACCAAGUUUUUGGAGAGCAUUCUGGCGUAUGAGGAGGCACUCGCCGCAAAGGGUCUUGAGGAUGGAAGUUCUAGCGGUAGCGAAAGUCCUCAAACGGAGGAAGACCCCUACACAAAGUCACUAAUCCAAAACCUAUCGACAAAUAGCCAUGAUCUUCGCCUCGUCUCUUUGAAACUGUUACAUCAGUUGCCAUCUGCACCGAAAGACUCGUCUUCGCCGCUAGCGAUCAUGCUUCAAGUUGAAGAGACACCAUUGGAUCUUGCAAACAUGAGGACAAUAUCCGUAUAUCUACGCAAGCUGGGCAAGAUAUAUGGAAGUAUAGAUCAGAGCUCCUGGUUGCGGAAGGCAGUGCCCACAUUCAUGUUCGGCAUGAUGACGGUGCGCCUCACGUCUGUAUGGGACGAUGCCGUAGAGGCCCUAAAGGACAUCACGGAGUCCAAGGACGGUGAAGAGAUGGUGGCAUCCCUUGCAUUUGAGUGGCUCGAGGUCCCCUCCCAACGAUGGAGCGGUCCCCCGAAACCUAUAAUUCAAUCCAACUACCGUCGGUCGACCGAUUUCGAGUGUACGAAUCUUGCCAGUCUUCACGAGACUUCUGAAAUGACAAAGAAGGUUGUGGAUGAGAUCUUUGAUGUCAUGCUCAACGAGUUCCAGCAAGCGCAGACUGUUGUUCCAAAUAUGUCACAAACAGCUCGUAGUAAAGCACUCAAGGUCUUUACGGCGAUCCCAUCAGUGGCUGAACGAAGAUCACGAAAGCUGGUACCCCAUCUGUUCAGCUGGAAUAAUACCGGAAAGACGGAAACCGAUGAUUCAGAAGAGGAACAGAGGGGGAAUGCAGAUGAAGCCUGGAAUCUGGCCGACCGCAAAGCACUCAUAGGUGUUUUUGCACUUUUCCACAACUCCAAGGUACUCUACCAGCAUGAGCAGGUCUACAAAGUGAUGCUUGAUCUCAUGUCAAAUGGUGAUCUCGACGUACAAAAGUUGGCGCUCAAGGCCAUCCUUGCCUGGAAACAAGAUGGAGUGAAGCGCUAUCAGGAAAACUUGGAGGCAUUGCUUGAGGAGUCAAGAAUGCGAAACGAGCUCACCAUGCUGUUCCAGGGUGACAAAAAGAUUCGCGACGAGGACAGACCAGAGCUUAUGCCAGUCCUCCUUAGGCUUCUUUACGGAAGAGCAAUCUCGAAAAAAGGAGCUGCUAGUGGUCGGGCCGGUGUUCAGGGGACCCGUAACGCCAUCAUUCGCAGCCUCGAUGUCGAGGACAUUGGCCGCUUCUUGGAGAUUGCCUUGGGACCCAUCCAUGAUGUGCAGGUACUUGACGGCACCGGUGUCGACCAAAAGAUCAUCUCUAGCAGUCUGGUUCCAGCGCGAAAGCAGGUCGGUUUACUAAGAAUGUUGGACACAAUCAUUACCGAGCUCGGCUCCAACGCGACAUUAUACAUGGGUCCGCUGGUCAAUGCGGUUCUCUACUGUCUGAUACCAGCGUGCCGCCGCCUACGCACUGACAAAGACAAGAAACGGCAAGAUGCUGAGGAGGACGAGGAGGACCACGAGAGCUCUGAUGAAGAUGAUGAAGAAGUUAGCUCAAGCGAAACAUCUUUGCUCAGAGCGGCACGCACUGCAGCCUUGAAGUGCCUUUGUGCCCUUCUCGUUAACGCUGCCGGAUUCGACUGGACUCCUUACCUUCCUGUUAUCACUUCCGAGGUUGUCAGCCCGCAGCUUGAAACCCUGUCAUCUGAGACAACCCAGGGUGUCUCAUGGACCUUAAGACUGCUAGAAACGUGGUCUCUCAUGCCGCGUUGUGCACUGGCACUCUCACACGACCAACGGAUCAUUCCAACGAUUGUCAGCUGUAUUUCUGUGGCACAUACCAAAGACGAGGUCAAGAUAUUUGCGUUGGGAAUCGUGCGCAACCUAAUCAGGCUUGCAUUGGCCCCGGAGGCCGAGUCUGAAUUCAACGAGCUCAUUCUUGAGGAGAUUCUUCAGCCAAACUUGGACUUGGUUCUAGGUACCAUCGGUAGCCUUGUUAUUAAGGAGAAGACCAAGAAUAUUCAAUCCAAGGAGAGCCUGACCGAAAAGACUGAAGAGUCAAAUGACGACCAAGCAGCAAGGGAAGAAGCUGGAGAGGAUGCAGGUGACGAGACCACCUUGGUUCUCGCCCCUCUUGGCAGGCAUCUCCUUGAGGCAGCCGUCGAAACAGUCGUUGAGCUGGCCCCCUUGGUAGAGAACUCCAAGAAUGUUCACAACCUUGUCCAGAUCUCAACGUUUUUGCUCAACCAGCCGGCGCGUGCAGUGAACCCCAAGGUCAAGGGUUCUAUCCUGCUAAUCUUGGAACGUUUUGUCGUCCUAGAGAACCUACAAGAUGACGACAAGCUGCGCCACGACCUAUACCAAACCAUCUGUUCUCUGUUCAGCUUUUUCAAGGACCGUCAAAACCGCCAGGCCCUAUCCAGGCUGAUGCUGGUCUUUGCAACGCAGCAACCAGCAAUUCAGGAGGUUGCGACCUUAUCUUCUCAGCUCAACUCGUUUGUUGAGAAUCGCCUGGAUGAGCCAGAUUACGACCAACGGCUAGCCGCGUUCCGGGCCAUCUGUAACCCAAGGGAUGUGGCAUUUACUGUCGACCAGUGGCUGCCAUUGCUUCAUAACUUUAUACACUACAUUCAUCAUGACGAGGAGCAUGCGAUCUUGGCACAGAAUGCGGCAGACGGCAUCUGCAAGUUUAUCGAAGCAACCUCAGCGGUUUGGGAUGAGCCAUCAGCACGCAAGCAGUACACGGGCAUCCUAGACCGAAACCUCCUGCCUGCGAUUUAUUCAGGAGCUAGGGAAGAAUCCGAGGCUGUACGCAGAGAGUUCCUCCGCGUAUUUGGCUUUCUCGCUACAAACCUGUCAUGCUGGGAACCGGUGAAAGAUCUAGCGCUCUUGGUGCCAGAGGCUGUCGAGGUCGAUAUGAACAUGGAGGACGAACGUCAAACUAAGAAGAGGGAUCAAGACUUUUUCUACAACAUCCUCACACCGGCCGUCUCCAGGCAAAUCCAGGCCUUGCAGGUCUUGCAGGGUGUGAAUGAGCGAGCCGGGCUCAGCAGCAGGAACGUUGGCAAGUUCUUCAUUCCUCUGCUGGAACAUUUUAUCUUUGGUCGUGAGGACGGAAGCGAUGAUCAAGGACUUGGAGCACAAGCUACAAACACGAUUGCAAGCUUGGCUGGCUCUCUUGAGUGGUCACAAUACCGUGCAUUGCUCCGCCGAUAUGUGUCUUAUAUCAAGUCUAAACCUGACCUGCACAAGCAAGUGGUCCGUCUCUUGGAUAAGAUUGUCGAGACGCUCGAGUUGGCUGCCAACCAGGCCUACAACACUUCUAUGGACAUCGACAGCAGUGAUGCAACGUCUCAGAAGACGCUAGCACUAGCAAAGAAGCUUCCAAGCCAAGAAAAGUUUACGGAGGAGGUCUCAGGAAGUUUGUUGACAACUUUGCUCGAUCAUCUUCACGAAAAGGAUGAGACCACGGUCAGCUCACGCGUACCAGUGGGUAUCAUUGUUGUCAAGCUUCUGAAUUUGCUGCCUCAAAGUGCGCGUGACCUCAAGCUACCUGGCGUUCUCACAGACAUCUGCCAUAUUCUUCGCAGCAAAGCCUGGGACUCUAGAGAGAUGGCCCGAAAGACCCUCGUCAAGAUUGCCGUCAUUCUUGGUCCAUCUUGCUUUGGUUUCAUUCUCAAGGAGCUUCGUGGUGCUCUCACUCGAGGCUACCAACUGCACGUUUUGUCCUACACGGUGCACUCCCUACUCCUUGCUGUUAUCCCCGAAUUUGAGCAAGGAGAUCUGGAUUACUGUGUCAGUGAUAUCGUAUCGGUCAUCAUGGACGACACCUUCGGUAUUACCGGUCAGGAAAAGGAGGCUGAAGAGUAUACUAGCAAGAUGAAGGAGAUCAAGAGCAGCAAGAGCCAAGAUUCGAUGGAGCUGAUUGCCAAGAACGCGUCAAUCAGCCGCCUUAUCAACCUUGUGCAGCCACUUAAGGACCUGCUGAUGGAGAAGCUCAACAUCAAAAUGGUCAGGAAAAUCGAUGAGCUUCUCAGCCGUAUCACCGCUGGUCUCCUACAGAACCCUGCGGCGGAGAGCAGAGACACUCUUGUGUUUUGUUAUGAGGUCAUUCAGGAGGUCAUCAACAGUGAGAAGCCCGAGGCUGUUAAAACGCUCGACCCGAAGCUCAAGCGGUAUCUCAUCCAAAAGGGAGCCAAAAAGAACGACCGUGGCACAACGACCAAGCAUACCUACAAGCUCAAGAAGUUUGCAUUUGAUGUCCUUCGAUCUCUUAUGAGGAAACACGAUAGCCUUCGGACUGCGAGCAACAUCAGUGGCUUCAUACCCCAUCUUGGCAAUGCUGUCCGCGACGAUGGAGAGGAGGUCAAGAUUGCGGCUUUCAAGCUCCUCGUUGUGCUUGUAAAGGUACCUUUCAAGAACAACGACUCAAAGCUUUUGUACGACAUGGCUCUGAAGGACGCACUGCGGUCCAUUAACUCGUCGGUAUCUUCCACUACGGAGCUUGCACAGGCUGCUUUGAAGUUGAUAUCCGUCAUUCUCCGGGACAGGCGAGAGGUAGUUGUCAAAGACAAGGAUAUUGAUAUGAUCAUUGGCAGGAUCAAGGAUGAUCUCACAGAACCGCUACACCGGCACGUCACCUUCAACUUCCUGAGGUCUGUGCUCGACCGCAAGAUCGAAACUGCCGCUGUCUAUGAUACACUCGACUACGUUGGUACUGUCAUGAUCACCAAUGACGACAAGGACACCAGGGACCUCGCGCGGGGUGCCUACUUCCAAUUCCUCCGAGAGUAUCCCCAGAAGAAAGCAAGAUGGCAGAAGCAGCUCAAGUUCCUUCGGUCAAACCUCGACUAUGAUCGCGAAGGUGGUCGUCUUUCUGUCAUGGAGGUCAUUCAUCUGCUACUCAUCAAAACCGCGGAUGAUUUCGUACAAGAGAUAUGCACCUUCUUUUUCCACAAGUUGGUGCUUGUACUCGCCAACGAUGAUAGUGAAAAAUGCACACUAGCUGCAGGAGAACUGGUCAAAGAAAUCCUUCGAAGGUCGAACAAAACGGCAACGCAGGCAUUCUUGGUACACAUGCGGGACUGGCUGGGCAAAGAGAGCCAACCAGCUGUUGUUGGUCUGGGCGUUCAAGCUUUCGGGUAUUACUUUGAGACCAGGGAGUCGAGCAACAAGGACAACAAAGACUUUGAGCUGCUUACUGGCAAGAUUUCAGGGGCUCUGGCCGACUUAUCUGACGAUGCGGAUCUUGCUCAGACUUCUUUGAAGGUUUUGCAAAAGCUGGUGGACAAAGACCCAUCGAGAGUUCUGGUUCCCAGCCUCACUGAGCUUUGGGAGAGAGUCAAAUCUUGUCUCUCACAUUCCGACCCUACCGUGAAGCUUUUGGCUGUGAGACUUUUGAGUUCAUACUUGGCUGACUUUGCCAAGGCCGACGGAAUGCAUGGAUCCUAUGGCCUUGAACUGGAGAAGGAUGACAUCUUGGAGCUGAUUCAGUUGAACCUGAAAGUCCUAUUAUCUGAGGGCGUCAGUGAACCUCUGGCCGAAGAGGUUUCUCGCAUUCUCAUGUUCUUGGGCAAGACCAUCAAAUUUGAAAUGGCGACAGACGAAGAUUCGGCAUCCGAAUCUGAUGACGCGGACGAAGACACCAAGGCUAGCUCCGAGACGAGCAUCUUUGGAAGUCUAGCCGCCAUCGUACGCAGGGAAGCCAGGCCGCGGUCGGCAGAGCUCAUCCCUAAGCUCGCCGCCAUGGAUGUCAUGACUGUUUACUGCUCCCAGGCGCCCGCGGCAACGAUGCAGCCACACCUACGAACCAUCCUCCACCCGCUACGCAACCUGACCGACACGUCCAUCCCCGUGCCAUGGUCCCCAGACCCAGACUUUGGCGAAAAAUACGAGACGCUCAAGGGCAAGGCGCACACCGUCAUGGAGGCGCUCCAGGACAAGUUCGGGACGGCCUCGUACACCAGGGCGCUUCUGGACGUCGGGGAGGAGGUCAAGCAGAAGAGGGAGGAGAGGGGCAAGAAGAGGAAGAUCGAGGCGGUUACCAACAGAGACAAGUACCACGCGGAGAAGAGGAAGAAGUUUGAGAAGAAGAAGGAGAGGAGAAAGGCCAAGGGGCAGGAGCACAGGGCUUUGAGGCAGGCGGUGUAG